AUGGGCAAAGCGACAUUUAAUCCAGUUAUGGAAUACUUCAGCUUUAACCAUGAAACAUUUAAGAGCACCUGCAUGGUGUGCGGUUUUGCGAUGGCGGGCAAACAUUCCGAAAAUUUACUGCGCCAUCUGAAGCGUAAACACGUUCCAACCUAUGAAGCCGUGAUGCAUAAGAAACUGAUUAAGAGCGGAAUGCUGCCCGAAGACGGUAGUUCUUCGGAAUACUUUAGUAAAACGAGCAAUGGACUGAACGAUACAAAUACCGAAGAAGAGGAGGCGUCGAGCCAUCAAUCCUAUGAAGAGGUAUUCAUCGGUAAGUCGGAAAUUAUCGACAUAGAAGAGCCGCCCAAUCAUUCCGACCAAUCCGGAACGCCCGAUAUUUCAACCACCAACAACAAUGCGAUCAGCAAUGUCAACAACCUGGGGGGUGGAGGUGGUGGUGGCAUAACAGUGAAGUCCUUUGCUUCUUCUGCCUCCCCAUCCACCGAUGAUACCUAUUUUAUGCAAUAUCUGGAGAGUAAAUUUCGCAAAUAUUCGACACGCACCAAAAACACCGUCCAGUUCCACAUCCAUCGUGUGCUCUUCAAGGCCGACAUGGGCUGUUUCGAUAAUGCCGAGCCCGGAGCCAAUAUAGCGGACGAAGUUCUAAAAUUGUAAUUGAAACCGGAACACGGAAAAGUAUUGAAUAUUUAAACACGAAUCCACAAAAGACAUUUAAUAAAGACGUGCGGAGAAACAGGAUUAUGUGGUUCCUAUAUGUAUAUGUUUAUGAUAAUCUACAUUUGUAAUACACACAUACUAUAUGAUA